UUGAUCAUUCUCUCCUACUCGGCUGUAUAAAAACGAUGCCAUCCGAUACGCUGAUCAUCAGACGAAAAGUUGGAGCAGAACCUACAGAACGUGCCGAAUAAAAUAAUCAAAAUGAAAACAUUGGCUGUGAUUUGUGCUCUGUUCAUAGGAACACACGCUUUCUUCACAGCGGAGCAGCACGACAUUGCGAAUAGGCUGAUUCAGCAAUGUGCGACGGAAAUUGGCGAAGAGUUUCGUGAGAUCUCCGCGGAACGCUUCAUCGAGGGUAACCUGGGCCGGAGAGACGACAAAUUCAAGUGUUUCGUGAGGUGUGUUUUGUCAAAGCCCGGCUUUAUCGACGCGGCUGGCGAAGUGAACAAGGAAAUCCUUAUUGAAAAACUAUCCAAAGGAAAUACACGAGAAAAGGCGGAAAUGAUUGCCGAGCUGUGUCACAAGUUCGAUGGUACCGAUGCCUGCCAGAAAGCAUUCGGGUUGUACGAAUGCUAUCAGAAGAACAAGUCAAUCUUGUAAGCGUUGUUAAGUUUCGUUACAGUUGUUUCAUAUAUAUUGAAUAAAGAAAGCUAUAUAAAUCA